AUGGCGUCCCUUUGCCAGUUCCGCUCGACUGGCUGGAGAAAAAGCAGCCAAAGUCUUCGAUCGAAGCGCCGACGACCGCAGUCUCUGUUUUGCGUCACGUCCGGAAGUCGUCCCACGUCGGCUUGUACGUGGAAUCACUUCAGCACUACAAUCUGUUCAGCAUUACUGGGCAGGUUAAGGUCUCACCUGCAGUCAUGCAUGAGAGGACCAUGUCCGCUCACAGCUCCGUUAUCUUUUGGGGUGAGGCCUUCUCCAUCCAAGCUCUUCAGCCUCCAUCAUGGCUGUCGUGUACACCUUACUCCCCAAAUCACAGCCUCCAUCAGUUACUCUGACCUGUCCACACAGAAAUACGACUUGAUUUAUAAACUCCCCCACAUUAAGCUCUUCAGAGCUGUGUCCAGGCUAAAAUUACUCCAAACUGGGAUAACUGUGAUUAUCCUGCCGCCUGUGUACAUUCUGUACCUAAUGGGAGAUGCCCCCCUCUUUCUCGUCAACUAUUCGACAGGAGUAGCUCUGUUUGCUGGAGUCAUGUUGUACACGGCCAGCCACUUUUUCAGGAGAGUUGUGGGAAUGAUGUACCUGGAUUCGUCCCACAGUACACUCAAAGUGUCUCACCUGACUUUCUGGGGUAGGCGCCAUGACAUCUACAUGCCUGUAUCAGAUGUUCUGACUGUUGGGGACACUGGGGACUUUCCACGUGAGACCAUACUCAAACUGAAGCGAUAUAGCACUCGUGAGACUUUGUAUUUCUCCACACAUUUUGGGCAGGUGGUAGACAAACAAUGUUUUGAGAAAGUCUUUGGAAGAUUAAGUUGACAUUAGUUUAGUGUCAUAUAGACGAUAGUAGAUGAUGCUAACCACCUAAAUCUUACAUUUCAAGGGGGCUUUGAUGUACUGGCCUUACUCUCUACAGAUGACAAGAUUUGAAGUGUGAUAAUUCAAAUAUACAGAUUAAUUUGGUCUUUUUCAAAAAAUAAAUGACUGCUUUUUGCCAUGAUGGAUUCAGCAAAAGUGUAAAAUUCCUUCUUACAGAAUUAUGCAAAGAUAAGCAAGUAAAUGUUGCCCUGCCACUGACUCAAGACGUGAGGAGUGGUCACCCUUAAGGCACACCUGUACAAUAUAGCAGUUGUAUCAAGUCUAACAUCAUACUGAGUCAGUUUUGACCGAAUUGUUUGUAGUCGUGUCGAAUUUCACAGAACCAUGCUGAAUGGCAUACUGUAUUUCUGCAGUUGUGUAUUACACGCAAUCUGAACAGAAUGAAGUGUUAUUUUACUGACAAAUAAAAUUGCUAUGUUAAUCA